AAACGGAGUUUACUUAUCAGUUUUCACAUAUCAGCGUAUAGUUUUCUUCACCGGAAAUGGCAUUUCGUAGGGUUUUACUCUCUCACCUCCGCCGAUCUCACCACACUUGCUCCUCUCUUUCCCCUCACCAUGUCUCCGCCACGACCCAUCCGUCAAUCACGCUCGGUCUUUUCCAAUCCCGCUUCUUUUCCACUCCACCUGACCUCGACUCUGAGCUAACUCGACUCAGAGACGAUUCAGUCACUGGAUUUGGAACCAAUGGUCACGGACUAGAUUUCGGAGAUUUGAGCCAGGAUUUGAUCGGAGCUGAUGUGUCAAACUAUGAUUACUUGACUCAACCUGUGAUUUCGUUGCUUGAUUCGUACCAUGACCUCACUGGAUUGCCUUGGUGGGUGGUUAUUGCUACGUCUACUGUGGCAUUUAGAACGGCUUUGCUUCCUAUACUGAUUCUGCAACGCAAGCAAACUAGAAGGAUCUCACAGUUCUUACCUAAGUUACCGCCUUUCUGGCCUCCAGAGGGUUCAGGAAGGAGUGUUAUUGAUCAAUUGAAGCUUUUCCGGAAGGAAAGAAAAGCUAUUGGGUGCCCUUCGUUUUUGUGGGUUCCUGCUUAUUUCUCUAUCCAGAUUUCAUGUUUUUUCUUGUGGAUAACUAGCAUCAGAAGAAUGUCACUUGAUCAUCAUCCUGGAUUUGAUUCGGGUGGAGCUUUAUGGUUCCAGAAUUUGACUGAAAUUCCCAAUGGUCUUUAUGGUCCACUUUUCCCCUUUUUAAUAGCUGGUUUGCAUUACACAAACACACAGAUAACUUUUACAGCAUCCUCAGUUCACAAAGUUGAUAAAUUCACAGAAUUGGCAAAAGCUUACAAGACAUUUCUGAAUUUAUUGACAUGUGCUCUGUAUUUCCUUUCAUUCCAAAUGCCUCAGGGAAGUCUACUCUACUGGUCUACCAACUUGUCAUUCAGCAUUGCUCAGCAAUCAAUCCUUAACCAUCCCGUUGUAAGUGCAAAGUUGGGCCUACAAACAAAUGACUCUGUACAGAAAGAGGCUGGCAAUCCUAUAUUAACAAAUAUAAAUGAAGCGAAACUCACUGAUCCAUCCUCGAAAGGACGCUUGAUCUCAGUGCAUAACUUAACCCCUAAGGAGUUGGUUGCUCUUUCUGCCAAAUACUUAUCCGGAGGGCACAAGGAUAAAUCAAUUCCGCUAUUAAGAUUGGCAUUAGAAAGGGAUCCUGAAUACCUUCAAGCUAUGGUUAUUCUUGGUCAGGCUUUAUAUCAGAAAGACCAGUUUGCUGAAGCUGCAAAAUACUUAGAGCAGGCUGCUUCAAAGCUUCUUGAUACCAGUCCAACAGAAGUUGAAGAAGUCGAUCUUUUAAUCGUUGCAUCCCAAUGGGCAGGUGUCUCCAAUAUACGCCAGGGAAAGACAUCGGAAGGAAUCACACACCUCGAAAGAGUAGCAAACAUGAAAGAGCCCGACGAUCCUAAGAGCAAAGCUCAUUACUUGGACGCACUGGUACUCUACUCAAGUGCGAUAUUCAACGAAGGAAGAAGAGAGGAAGCAGCAAAGUAUUUGAGAAGAGUAGUGGCUUAUGAUCCAUCAUUCAGUGAAUUGUUGAAACAAUGCGAAGAAGAUGAUACCAUUCCAACUUCUUCUUCAUCUAAUUCUACCAACAAAACUUCAUAACAUAUUUUCUUCUAUUGGUUUCUUUCUCUUCCACCCUUUACUGAUUUUAAAAUCGAUUUUUUGGUUAAUUCGUAUUCACGUUACGAAUGUGGAUAGAUUAUUUUCUUUUACUAUAUUCGAAAUAAGUAUGUAUACGAAUA